AUGGAUGACAAAGGACCCCCUGAACAUUCAGAGCACCCCCAUCAGGAUGGGUAUACCGAUGAAAAUGAGAAAGGAGCCACUAUCGACAACGUCCACAUGGACGACGGCAUGAAAGUAUUUGCCACGUACAGCAGAGAGCGAACAUGGGACGCCAGUGAAGAAAAAGCCUUGCUAAGAAAGAUUGAUUGGAAGGUCAUGCCACUCUUGUUCUCAACUUAUGCCCUUCAGUUCUACGAUAAGGCCAUGCUCUCACAAGCAGCGAUAUUCGGACUCAUCAAGGACCUCGAACUCACUGGAAACAGAUACAGUUUCUCAUCCUCGAUAUUCUACCUCGGUUAUGCUGCCGGGACAUUUCCAGCCAUGUUGCUCAUGCAGCGGUUUCCUGUGCAACGGGUAGCGGCCACGAUCAUCCUACUAUGGGGCAUCUGCCUAUGCUGCACAGUGGUCUGUCACGACUACAGGACUCUCUACACUCAGCGGUUCUUCCUCGGAUUCUUGGAGGGUGGGGUAUCUCCAAUGGCGAUGGUGAUUGUGUCGAACUACUACACAAAGAGUGAGCAGGGAUUUCGUCAAGGAAUUUGGAACUCUUCCGCGGGAUGGAUCGCGAUGUUCUCACCUUUAAUCAACUACGGGUUGGGACAUAUAACUGGUGGCAGCCUCGCAACUUGGUGCUAUAUGUAUCUUUUUGCAGGGUCCUUAACAUGCCUCUACAGUUUGCUUGUCCUUUUCUUCCUACGUUCUGAUCCGGUUAACGCAAAGGGCUUAACCGAACGUGAGCGCUAUAUUGCUGUCGCACGGCUUCAGUCCAACAAUGCGGGUGUUCGCAACACUCAUAUUAAAUGGGUUCAGAUUAGAGAAGCUGCCCUUGAUGUCAGGUUUUGGCUGGUGUUUGCUGUGGCCUUUUUGAGUAUGAUGACAAACGGGCCUGCGUCAACGUUCGUCCCGCUUAUCAUCAACGGCAUGGGAUACAGCCGUCUACAUAGCCUGCUGUUGCUGAUGCCUUUGGGUUUUGCAGCCGGAACCUUACCAUUGCUUUCGGCCUAUUUGUCCAGCAAAUUCGCUCACCGCAAAUGGAGAACUUGGGUGGCUUCGAUCGCUGGUAUUCCCACGGUUGUGGCCGCUGUGAUGUGCUGGAGAUUACCGGACUCGGCCACCGGAGCCCGACUAUUUGCCAUCUAUCUCUUGGGUGGAUUCACUUCCACGUACGCUGUCAUGAUUGGCUUGCAGACAUCAAAUACUGCAGGGUACACCAAAAAGUCGGUCACAGCAGCUGGAUUCUUCUUAGGCUAUUGUAUGGGCAACUUUACUGGCCCUCUUCUAUUCAAGCCUCAAGACGCUCCAAACUAUAAUCCCGGGUUUCUGGCCAUCACCAUUACAACAAUCGUGGUUGCUGUAUUGCCAAUUGUAUACCGAUUCCAAUGUCUCUAUGAGAACAAAAAGCGCGACGCAGCUGGCAUUCGCGAAGCAUAUGACCAUGCGUAUGAAGAUGACUGCACGGACGUGAAGGUAAGUUGCUCCCAAGACGUUAAGCUGGUUUGA